AUUGCUCGUACCUAGCUCGGGAUCCCGAGAUACUCGGUUUCGAUGAGGCCACCUGUGCGCUGGAUUCGUUCUCUGAAAAGGCCGCUCAGGCCGCUAUAAAUGCUGCAACGAAGCAAUGCACGACUAUCGUCAUCGCACACAGAUUGUGGCCGAUCACUAACGCCGACAAUAUCGUGGUCAUGGCCGAGUGAAGUGUUGUCAACCAGGAACGCGUACCGAGCUUAUGUCACACGAUGGAUUAUAUGCCGAAGUUGAUUGCACACUAGCAUAUCAAAGGACAAAGUCCCGAUAUGUCUCCAUCAUUACUCGCCACCGAUUCGACAAAGGUGCAAACUCGUCAAGUGUCACACGACGAAAACAUUAAAAGCUUAUCGCUAAUGCUUCUUGAGUCAAAGAUGGAUCCUGACAGGUCGAGUAAAGCAAGCAACACAAGAUUGAUCUUGUUCAUGCUUGCGUCGAGCCAACGAGAUUGGAAAAUACUGCUUAUUGGGAAUGCAUGUGCCUUGUUCGGUGGCUUACUGUUACCUGCGUUUAAUCAUGUAUAAUCAUGUUCAUGCCUCUACGGAAGAUACUGAUGCUUUUACUAGAUGAUCCAUAUUAACUGCAGAGUUGAGAUUCAUCCUUGAAAUGCCUUGAGAUCGAUACGGAGAGCUUCGACAUCGCGCCAAUAUCUAUUAUAGUCUUUUUGUGCUUCUCGCUUCAUGCCAGGCUGACCUUCUGGAUGAUUAUUUGCGUGACCCUGUCCAUAGCGACAUAGAAUCUAUGGCAAAGUGUUCGAGAAACAUGUUGUAAGCGUAUCAUGCAGCAGGACGUGGCAUUUUUGACAGGAUGGAAAGCUCACCAAGCGCGCUCGCGGGUGUUUCGUCCAAACGUUUUGACGAUCUUACAGGCAUAGCUGGUCUAGCCGUCAGCGGCAUUAUGACAGUUGUGGCUACCAUUGUUGGAGGGAUUGUGCUUCCAGUAGUUAUUGAAUGGAAUAUGCUAGAGAGCUUGUCAG